AUGGUCUUCUCCCCAGGAAAGAAAGUAUUUACUUUUGGGUCUGUAGAUGAGAUUAUAAAUCGAUUUUUGGGUGCUCAUGACUCAUCUUCUUCGCAACUAGUGGAGGAUCAACAGAUGUCCAACGUUAAUGCAAUGAAUAAUCAAAUCAUGCAUAUUCAAGAGCAGUUGGAGAUUGAAAAACAACGUGGAAAGGUAAUUGCUCAAGCCUUACAUUCUUGGCGGGAACAAAGGCGGUGGGAGAGACCCAUUGAGAAUAUGUCAUAUCAACAACUGGAGAUGAUAAAAGGAUCAUUGGAGAAUAUGAAGGCCCUUAUAGACCAAAAGAUAUAUGAAGUUUCUAAUAUGUUUGCUUCUACUAGCUCCUAUAAUGGUGGAGAAAGUAUUUUCAAUGGUAACAUCAUCCAAGUCGGAGCCAUGGGAAAUUAA